UCCCAGAUUCAAUUAGUUGCCCAUUGGCCAGGCAAGUGAUUUGUUUACGCUUUGGUGUGCGGACGGACGGUUGAGAGUGCUUCAAAGUAUUUUGUAUCCUCAAUUGGUUGUAAAAUGCAUUACCUGCCCUGCAUACUCUGGAUCAGCCUGGAGCUCUUUGUCGGCCUGCAGUGCCAAACAUUUCCUGAAAAGGUGAAUAAAUGUCAUUAUGGUGAUGGCAAGUGCCUGGCAGAGUCGGCCAAUGCUCUGAUUCGUAAUUAUCCCAAGGGCAUACCCGAGAUAAAUCUAAAACCCUUCGACCACGUGAAAGUAAAGGAUUGGGUGCUGGUCAAUGAUUCGCAGGUGGGCGGUGCCUGGUACUACUUCCAACUGUUUAAUCAGAUAAAUCUUGGCUUCGAGAAUACCACAAUUACAGAGAUCAAGGGCUUCGAUAGGGAUCCCACCAAAUCCAAAAUAGAAAUCCAUGGCAAGAUACCCAGAUUGGUGUACAAGGGCAAGUACCAUGCCAAGGGUCGAAUGCUCUGGUUUGUGGAUAUCAGUUCCCAAGGCGAUUCCAGUUCGGAUUUUCUCAACUUUCGCUUCGAUCUGACGCUAAAAGUGCGCACCGAAUACAGAAACAACAAGCGAUAUAUGAAAAUCUAUGAGCUGGUGCCCAACAUACGACUGGAUCGCUGGAUCAUGUGGUUGGAUGAUUUCUUUCCCGAUAACUUUGAUAUGACGAUAGCCAUUAAUAAUCUAUUCAAUCGGAAUUGGGUCGAGUUCUGGAACGAGCUGGAGCCGAGCAUAUUGCGUCUAUUCGAAACGGUGUUUCUGAGCAUGUUCGAAGAUCUGUUCUACAACAUACCAUACGAUGAUCUCUUCCUAGCCGAUGCAGCCUCCAUUGUAUAGAAUUUCCUUAUGUACAUAUUAAAUUUAGCAGGCA